GGGUCGGUGUGAAACGGAGUCAGUAGAGCGAUAAAUGCGACGAAUUUCACAAAUGGAAGCUCUUUGUUAUAACCGCAAAUAGAAUCUAUUGACAAAUCAAAUACGUAGAUAGUUUUAUAGUUCCUACAUAUAAAUCGGCACUUUAGUUUGUCUGUGAAUAAAAUCUAUGACAUCAAAGACUGCAAUCGCAAAAUGACUUCCCAGCAACGUGACAAAAUACAUUCUCCAUCUUCCCGAGAAGAAGAUAAUUCACAAGAAGCCGAAGGACCGAAUGCCUUGAUAAUAUUCGACAGCAAUUCAGCAACAAUACAAAAGUUUAAACCCGAAUCCGACGAUUGGGAUACUACAGAUAAUGGAUUCUCGGAAGAUAUGAAGAAAUGGGGUUUUUCGGCCGCAGUCUUAGAUAAAGCUCUGCUGAUUUUUAUGAACAACAAAGCAGUGUAUAGAUAUCAACGUAAGAAAUCAAUAAUUUCCUGGCAUAGAUUACCAGAUAUGACAACAAUACACGGCCAACGACCUCCAGCUGUUGUAUUAAAUGAUACGAUGUACGCUAUAGGAAGUGCAGGCGUGGGUUUACACACUAACAAAGGCGAAAAAUACAGCGUUUCCCGAAGAAAAUGGAUGCUCAUAGAGAAUAUGGUUGUAGCGAGAAGAAACCAUUCCAUAGUUGCAACUGAAGGAUCGAUAUACUGCUUGGGGGGACAAAACGAAAAAGGAACUCUGUUGUCUGUUGAAGCGUUCGAUGCAACAACUAAACAUUGGUCGAAAGUUGCCGAUCUUCCCGAGCCGAGACAUUCUGCAGCAGCUGUGGCCUCCGGAUCGGAUAUAUUUGUUAUGGGUGGGUUUGUUAACGGAAAAAGGAGACACGAUAUGAUCUGUAUAAGCAUCCCGAGUGCAUUAUGCAUAACUCUAGCUCACAUGAAUAUGACGCGAACAACAUUUUCAUCAUUUAUUAUCGACGGUAAAAUAUUUGCGGUCGGAGGUGAUAACAGUCGUCACGACACUGUCGAAGUCUACGAUGCAGAGAAAGAUUCUUGGGAGUUCAUGGAUAUCUUGGCCACAUUGCAGAUAGAGGCAGCAGUGAGCAUGAGACUAUGAAACGUCAUUCGAAUUUCUACCGACUAAUUUUGAAAUCAUAUUGGAUUGCAACAUGAGAAAUCAUGUACUGGUACUUUAUCAUGCGUUAAGUAUUCCUUCGUAUUAUGCAUACCUCAAUGUACUGAAGCUCGAGAUUUAAAAACAAAAGCGCUGUUUUUCUGCCUUAGGCGGUAGAGAAACGUCAAGUAUUUACUUAUUUUCCAAAUUUUAUUUCUGAUCACAAUGUACGUUUAUUCUUAGAUUUUAUUUCAAUAAUCCAUUGAUUAAUGUAAUGUUUACAUAUAUAUAUAUAUAUAUAUAUAUAUAUAUAUAUAUUGCAAAUUACUGUUCCUAUGUUACCAAGAGCAAUUACUUUCAAAUCUCUAUGGCUUGAAAAUUUUAUUCUCUUGGUGCCGUGCGUGUCGCAAUUCAUACUCAAUUGGCCGUAGAAAACUUAGUCUCUAUAAUAUCUUGAGCCAGUAUCAUAUAUGGAUUAUGAAUAAAAUCUGCUCUAAUAGCAAAUAUGCAAUACUGUACAUAGAAUUGAAUGUUUUCCUGAGCAUCGAUUUCUUUGUUUAUUUCGGUAACAAUUACAAAUCAGCAAUAAGUCAACAAUGACAUAACAAUUACAAUUUCUGCAAGCCGCUCAGACACUUCUUUCGCUCUGACAGAUAUUCAAGCAUGCUUAUACUGUUAAACAUUGCCUCGUUUUCGUGAUUUGGCCUGUUAUAUGUCUGUUUUCAGUAACGUUUCCAAAACAUAGUUGUAAAUGAAAUAACUUUAUUGUUAGUAUGUUUUCCGAAGACCUUCAGUUUAGUUGCACUAAUCAAAAAUUGAUCCCGUAAACGCUGCGAUAGUUCAGCCUAAAAUUAGCAUCAGUACCUUUAAGACAAAUGCCACGUGGUUCAAUGUUUUCAAUGCAAACGAUAGUUUUGAACAGUUAAACCAGAUUGUAAAUGCCAACUCUCCAAAUUAGCGUCCGAAAUUUUGCAAUGGUAAAGUAUAAAGAAUAUAAUUUUUCAAGGGUCGGAAAACGUCCAUUGAGAUAGAUAUUAAAUUCACGCUGCACAA